AAGGCGUAGCGCAGAACACCAUAAGCAUUUCGAAGUCGCGUUAGCAGUAUGUUGUGUGUAGAUAGAGCGAAAAAGAAGUGAAAAAGCCCCGCAACCGGGUUUUUUAAAAGUGUUAAAAAUUGAGGGGUAGUGCAACAAAAAAAUUGGUGUUAAAAUCUGGUGGGUGUCGCUAUGAUGUGAUGUGGUAAAACGAGUGGUGGCGAAAACGGAGUAACCCCGGAGUGCGCCAAAAUGAAGUUGAAACGGCUGUGUUUUUUUGUGAAAUAGUGUUUGUGCGCCCAAAACCAAAAAUUCCUCAAUGUGGUGUUUAGGGCACAAUGGUCAGAGAGACUAGACAUUUGUGGGUAGGAAAUUUACCCGAUAAUAUUAGAGAAGAUCGAAUACGAGAGCAUUUCAAACGAUAUGGCCGAGUGCAGAGUGUUAAGUUAUUGCCAAGGGUCACCGAGGAGAAGACGGGUGAGGUCACGAUGGCGUGCACGGUGGCGUUCAUGGACAUCAAAAGUGCGUCCAAGGCUCAUAAUGCCGAACUGAAAAUCGACGACCGUACGUUAAAUACGGAGUAUUACGAACCUGCUGCCAUUCCGUCCACCGCCGCCAGCGUCGCCGCUGCCGCCGCCACCGCCUCCGGCGUCUCUAUAUCGUCGUCGCCGCAGAACAACACGCCCUCCCCGUACUCUACCUCUUCGCCUGGCACCACCAGGUUUCCCAACGGCCAUGGGUCCUCCGACGAACACGUUCCAUUCCCGGAUGCCGGAUCCGGUACGACAUCGUCCCGUUUUUACGAGCGGUCGUCGUCUACCGCAUCGCAAAGCGGAGGCGGCGGCGGCGGCAACACCACCACGUCGAACGUCCGCCCGCCGCCCCCACCCGAAGGGGGCGCGCCGGAAACCGCGAACCGUCGUACCGCGACGACGACGACGACGUCCACGUCGUACCAAGAUACGGGUGGUGGAACGACUACGGUGGGCGGUUCUUGUCGCGGACGAACAAGGGACCGCUCUUACCGAAGUACGAACGGCCCUUUCAGCGCCCAAGGUCACAGGACGCCCUCUACCGGCGUCGGAUGGUCGGGGUACGAGUCGUCUAGGUUUAACAACAGUAAUGCGGGAAAUCAGUCGGAAACAGGGUACAAUUCGACAGCGUCUGAGACGAAUGAAAGGCGAAACUCGGAUCAAAAUGUCAGGAAGAAGGCCAAAUCCAGGUCGGGUACUCGGUCGCCAUCACCCUCCGGAAGCACCAGCAGUAGAUCUCCGUCGAGGUCACGUUCGCGGAGUAGCAGUAGUUCGUCGACGUCUUCGACGUCUCGCGACACCAGCACCACGUCGUCGCCGCGCUCGCGACGACAUCACCAGCACGGUUCCUCGACCAACCAGAGCGGCCAAGAUGACCGUAGACCGGUGGCGAUCUGCGUCAAGAACUUGCCAUUGCGUUCCAGCGAUACGUCAUUGAAAGAUGGACUGUUUCACGAGUACAAAAAGCACGGCAAGGUGACGUGGGUCAAGGUGGUCGGUCAGGCGGCCGACCGCUACGCCAUCGUCUGCUUCAAAAAACCCGAAGACGCGGAUAAGGCGCUGGAAGUUAGUUACGACAAACUGUUUUUUGGGUGUAAGAUCGAGGUGGCACCAUACACCAUCUGCGAUGUGGAAGAGGGCGACCUGCGACCGUACGAGGCGGAAAUCGACGAGUACCAUCCAAAAGCCACACGGACGCUCUUCAUCGGCAACCUGGAGAAGGACGUGACAGCAUCUGAUCUCAGGAAACACUUCGAUCAAUUCGGGGAGAUAAUUGAAAUCGAUAUAAAAAAACAAGGGGCUGUGAGUUCUUAUGCGUUUUGUCAAUACUCGGACAUAGUGAGUGUGGUGAAGGCCAUUCGGAAAAUGGACGGUGAACAUUUAGGUAAUAAUCGAAUUAAGUUAGGUUUCGGCAAAUCGAUGGCAUACAAUUGCGUGUGGAUCGAUGGCAUUAACGAGAGCGUUAACGAAAAGUACCUGAGGAUGCAGUUCGAGCCGUUCGGUGUGAUAAAUCGUUGCGUGUUGGAUCGGGAACGCGGGCAAGCGCUCAUAUUUUAUGAGCACGUGUCGCACGCGCAACUCGCGGUGAGCAAAAUGCGCGGUUUCGUGUUGAAAAAUUCCAAGUUGCAAGUGGAUUUCGCGAGUCGCGAGUGCCAGGAGUGUUUUUUCGAACGCCUGGAGAAGCAGGGAUUGAUACUCGACCGGACGACGGUGUUCGAAGACAGGCGCGACUCGUCGUCGAGGAGUUUCGAAUCGUCGGCCGUUUCGAGGAUUUCGAGAUACGAUACGCCCACAAGACCGCGAACGUCGUCGUACAGUAGCAGAUCAAGCGUUGCCGCCAUACAGUCGCCGGGAACGCCCGGUAACAUGACACCGCGUGGUGGUCGGUCCCGACUGUCCCGGUACGACUACUACGAUAUGGAGUACAUACCCGGAGACAGGCAUAUCUCGCACAGGAGCUACGAUGAGUACAGUCAGGGUUCGGCCGCGUCGCACGAAGACCCAUACGAUCCGUACGAUCCACACGGGGCGUAUCUUCACGAUAGUCCCGGACAUUUAGAUCCACUGGAGUACGAAUUGUUACAUCACCAGGUACGGGUCGUGCAGACCCUGGUGGACCCCGUACCUUUCGCGCCCCACGACAUCCGAAACUUGCAAAAGGAACGCGUCCACCUCCUCGAACAGCUGGAGGAAUGUCCGAGUUCCGGCGACGAGCUGAUCAGUCCAAAGAAACGGUUGAAAUUAGAUUUGCUGGAUCCCGUCUUAACGAGCGACGUUAUCAUCGAAGCGAACAGGGAUCACAGAAAGGUAAAGGUAAUGGAAGUAAGGCGCCUUUCCGAAACAACUUUGAGGCACCACUCGCGACGUCCGUCGGUCGAUUCGAAGUACAAAGAUCACGUGUCCUCGUCCGGCCACUACGUCCCCCACGCGGUAGGCUGCAAGAGGCGCAAGACGGCCAGCGACGGAGGCAGCUCCAGGACCGCGAUAUCUCACUCCCAUUACGUUAUGACGCUCGCCGAACCAUCGGACGGAUCGGAAAACGGUGGUUCGAGACCGGGUACUCCAUUGUGCGACGAAAAACCGGAAUUCCCUCAAGCGGAACCUCGAAGGACGCCGAGGGAUAGAGAAGGACCACUCACGCUGCCCCUACCGAAGUUCGCAGCCCAAAUUAUGAAUCGAGGAAGCGUUUCGGUAGCAGGCAUCAAAGGUCAAAAAGAUACGGCGAGCAUUUUAUCUAGUCCACCCGCCACAUCGACCAGUCCCCGGGUAUCUAACCGUCCGCCUAGUCCCGUACACGUUCCUCCACCAGCUUCGCCGCCGCCUCGACCGCCGAGUCUGAGUUCCAAUUCGAGCGAUAGCGAUAUCACGUCGCCUAGCGCGUCAUUAGAAGAAAGAAUAAGAUCUUUGGAUGAAAAAUACGAGAAGUGGUCGGGUUCGCGAGCGAUAAGCGCCGCCGGCGGCGAGGCUUUAGCCCUAUUGGACGCGAAUUUGGAGAAGUUCAGGCAGAGGCACAAACUGUUGGAUCUCGACCUGAACGAAGUUCAGCCGUCGGAAAUAGUCAAAUCUGUGAUGGCCAAGCGUUCGGUGUUCGACGAAGACCUGAAACGGUUGGAAAACGUGGGCGAGAAAUACGAACCAAAGGAAUUCACUUUGUUCAACAACAGGGUCGCGUCUUUGGCCACGGCCGUAACUACAACUAGCCCACUGUCGACGCCGCUGAAGUUGGCGCCUCUGACGCAGUUGCCCAAAACUCCCACCUUGUUAUCACCCAGAUCUUCAGGAGCCACGACUAUUCCGGCAGCGAAAGGUCUCCAGUACCCUUUUCCCAGCCACCCUCCGAUACAGAUGUCCCCGGUACCAGCCUUGCAAGUAGCAGCGUCCGGAAUUGUGACAACUGCAACAUCCGUCACGCCUACGUCAUCGACUAGUACGGUCACCGUGCGGACCGCGACCCUCGGCGAAAAUAGACUGAAGCCGUGCGCUAGCGUUCCCGGUGACGUACGAACUAGUAGCACUAAAGUGAAUGUAGUUAGGAAUACUGUAGUUUUGCCGACGCUUUCGAAAUUAAGUGAAAAGAACAACAUUCCAAACGCUAGCGACGGUAGCGCGACGUCGGGUGUGCUGAAAGUGAAACCGUCAGACAAAACUGAUAAAAUUAUGUGUCGUAGGGACUCUAACAGUAGUUCGCCCCGCGCUGACGUUAAAACACGUAGGAAUAGUGAUACUAGUGCCCGACGAAUAGAGGAUGAGAAACUUGAUGUUCAAGAACGUGGAAAAAGUGAAGAACAGAAAAGAGAACAUCGUCUAGCGGAAAAGGCCAGAGAAGCGCAGGAGAAACUUGAAAGGGAAAGUCAAGAAAAAGAGAGAGUCGAGCGCGAAAAAGUGGAAAAAGACGCGCAAGAAGCUGACCGUUUGGAACGUGAACAUCAAGAACGGAGAGAACGACAGGAACGGGAAAGUGAAUUAGAAAAACAGAGAUUGGAAAAAGAAAGAUUUCACAAAGAAAAGCUAGAAAAAGAGAAAGAGAGAAACAGGCUGGAAAAAAAUCGCUUGGAAAAGUCGAGGUUGGAAAAGGAAAGGCAAGAACGCGAAAAAGUGGAAAAAGAACGACAUGAAAAAGAAAAACAGGAACAAGAGAAGCUUGAAAGGGAGCGCCAAAAAGAACAGGAAAGAAAAGAUAGGGAGGAAAGGGAGCGCAUUGAAAGGAUAGAAAAAGAGAGACGAGAAGCUGAGGAGAAAGAGAAACAAGAAAAGUUGAAGAAAGAGAAAGAGGAAGCGGAACGAAGAGAGACGGAAGAGCGAGAGGUACAAGUUAAGGAACAAACCGAGAAAUUGGAGAAGGAAAAGGAGAGGAAAAAGGACGAGGAGAAGAGCCGUCAUAAAGAGGACAAUCAUCACGACAGGAGAAAAGACGAUUCCAAACAUCGAGAAAGUCACAGUGAAAAUAAACACAGGGAGAACAAUAUUGAUAAACACGCCCACGACAAAACUACCAAAGAAUCCGGUAAGGAUGACAAAUCGAGUCACGAAUUGCACCGGCGAGAUUCUCAUCACGAAAAUUCUCGCCACGAUAAAGUUAGGUACCAUUUGGAUAGAGAAACUGAACGACGAAAGGAAAGCAUAAAGGAGAAUAGAGAUAAUAAUGUUCACGACAGACAUAAAAACUUGACAGAAACCAAAGAACACAGAGAUCGAGCGAUAGUUGAAACUAGGCACACAUCGAUCGAUUCUGACAAAAAUCGAACAUGCGAUAAAGAUCCCAACAAACGAAAAGAAAGAAAUAACAGCCUACCCGCUAAUUUGGGAGUCAAAAGGAGGAUGAGUUCACAUGACAGCGUCGAUGUUCCAGAAGAAAAGCGUGUUAAACUAAGUCACGAACAUAAGAAAAUGUCGGAGAGGCGAGAUUCAAAAGACAGCUGCAAGUCGGAAGAUAAACAAAGGAAAAGUAAACAUAAAAACAAUUCCAUAAAUACCACCCACGAGAAACACAGCAACAGUACAAAAGAGAGCGAUGAGAAACGUAAAGAAAAAGAAAGGGAGCGCGAGGAGAAACACAAAAGACACAAGCUGGAAAAGCAAAAAUCGAAAACGAAAAGUCGAGAAAAAGAUUCCAGGGAGUCACCAAUUUUACAGACGACUACUACACUUACUGAUAAAGAUUUUUUAGCGAAAUUAAACUUGCGAUCAACGGAAGAAGUAGAACGAGAAAAGCAAAGAAAGGAGCAUAGAGAAAAACGUAAAGAGGCAGCACUGGAUAACGAAAAACGUAAUAAUGAGGAAAGUAAAAAGAAGGACCGGAUCAGCACAGAUUCCAAAGAAACUAAUAAAUCACACGAAGAUGCUAAAUUAAAACCCAGUGAAGACAAAAAACACCUUAAGAGGGAAAAAAGUCGCAAAAUUACCACAUCUGACAGUGAUUCUGAUGAACCAAAGAAACAACACUCAAUUUUUGAUAUUGUUGAUGACGAGCCAGCUUAUAUUUCAAUGUAUGACAAAGUUAAAGCAAGAAGUUGCAAAAAUAUGCAAAAACAAGAAGAAGAGAAGAGACAAGAGAAGAUAAAAGCAAAAUUCAGUCAACUAAAAUUGAGUCGAGCUCGCAGAGAAGAGAAAAAGCGAUCAACAUCUUGGGAUGAAGAUUCUGAAUCUGGUAAAGAAUCCUCUGAGGUGAAGCCUAGGAGAAGCAGAAAAGUUUUGGACAGCUCCGAUGAAAGUGAGGAUAGAAAAUCUAGCAAACGCCGAGAAAUUUACUCAGAUUCAGAUUCUUCCAUGCUUAGACAAAUUAAGUCUGAACCAGUCGAAACUACCGACGAUGAAAUAAAAAAUAAAGUAGCCUAUAAAGUCUGCAAAUCUCGAAUAACUAGUGAUACCUCAGAUGACGAAUACCAGAAGCCCAAACUGUGCAGCCAAAUAAUAUCUGAAGAUUUUCACGAGAAAAAGGUUAAUUCCGAUAUGUCCAAGAUGUUUUCCGAAAACGAAAAUGACCAAGGCUUCGCUGAUACUGACGAAAAACCUGAAAAAAUUACAUCUGUUAAAACCGAGCUAGAAAGGUUAAUUAAAAAGGAAAGACGCAGUAGCAAAUUUCAGGAAUUUCAUUCUACUGAAAAUCAAAUUUUCAGGGAAUCUCAUUCUCCUGAGAGGGAAGUUAAAGUGGAAAAAUAUAACAAACCAAUAUUUGAAACCUCCGAUGACGAAACAACUCCUGAAACGAGAAAGGAAAAAUCCGAGAGAAGAGAAAAGAAACAUAAAAAGAAACAAAAGAAACAAAAACAUUACCUUAAUGAUGAAGCGCCCAACAAAACUGAGAUGGACUCAGCUCAAGGUGAAAAUCAAGAUCGUACCAAACAUCACGAUAAGAAAAAAGAUCAUUCCAGAAAGGAUAAGAAACGGGAUAAAACUAGAGAAGGUCGUGAAAAAUCUAAGAAAUCGAAGAAAAAUAAGUCUGAGGGAAAAAACGAAAUUAAAAGCGACGGCAAAAUGGAGAACAUAUUCGGUCCACUCUCGGAAGAUUCCGAAAAUGGCCUUAAAGAACUUACUUGCCAAAUGAUAAAUAAACUUUCUUAUUUGAUAGAUGAAAAUGCUCAGCAGCCUCAUUCAUUUAAUACAGACUCUGAAAAGGAACAUGAUAGCAAAAUUAAGGAGGAUAGAGAUCGAGAAAAUGAACGUGAGGAGCAUAAGAAAAGAAAAGAGAAAAAGCGACGAGAAAAGGAGAGACGCUUGCAGGAAGCGGCUGCUGAGGCUGCAGCUGCUGCUGCGGAGGAACCACCCCAUAGCAACGAUAACAGCAUGGACUUUAUAGAUAUGGGUAAGCAGUUAGAGGCUAACAUAAAGGACGACACAUCUGAAAUAGAAAUCAAAUCAGAACUGGACAAUCUGAAUAUUGAAACAAAUAUGUUUUGUUUUAAUAACCAAACUAAUGAAACUAAGAAAGACGAGCGCAAAGAAAGCCGCGAAAAGAAAAAGAAGCGGAAGAGAAGUAAAGAAGAAAGGAGUAAACAUCACCACCACCAUCAUCAUGAUAAAAAUAAGAUAAAAUCCCCUGAAAUUAAGAAAGAACCAGUUGUGGAAGAAAUCAAAGAAUUAACUGAAAUGAAAUGUCAGAGUCAAAGUAUGCCAACAAUACUCGACGCAACUAGUCCUAUUAUGGAAAAACUAGCACCUGAAUUUACAAUUUCGCCCUCGACUAAAGAGAGUAUACAGAUGGUAAGCCCUCUACCAAAGACGCCGACUACAUCAAAGGAGAAGAAACCUGAAAAAUUGUUACCAGGAUUUGGUACAGAAAUUGACGAAACCAUUCAUGAAAACGCAGUUAAAUCUAUUUCAACGGAUUUUGAACCUAUUAUUAAAAAAGAAGAACCUGUAAUUAAGGAAGAAAUAAAAGAAGAAAAGUUGGAAGAGCAAAUUGAAGACAAACCUAGGGUUGUGAUUUCGCAAGAAGAAACUGAAGAUGCUGUGGCUGCUUUAUUAGGUGAGAGUUUUGGUAAUGGCCAAUUUAAUGAACGAUACUCUGACGAAAUAAGUAACCCUGCCGAUGUCGGACCAACACUUUCAGAGGAAAAUAAUGUACAAGAUGACGAAGAAAUGAGGCAAGCUGUGCAAAGCCUAAGCGUUUCAGAUUUAGAUGUUAAACCAGAUACUCCCCAGAGUGAACAUGAGCUUCAAAUUGAUACAGAUACCGAGGAACAAGAUGAACCAUCAAUUGUAGAGUCAGUCGCCAAAAGUCCAGAGAGCGCGAAUACAACUCAGCAACAAAAAGCUCAAGAAAGCAUUCAAUUAUUGGAGACUAGUAAAACUUCUCACUUCAGGACAACGCCGAAUAUUAGUAGCCCACCAUCUCUGACACCUAUUAAAACGCAACCAUUGACAGUAAUUGAAACUAAGAAGAAUUUGGAAGAACCGAAUAAAACUAUAUCGAUUGUCCCAGACCAACAGCAGAGAUCAGUUAUUUCUCAGUCUCAGUCAUGGGUAGAAAGAAAGUCAGAAAAUAUUAUUCCAAAGCAAGAUGUAUUGCCACUGACUGAAACCAAACUAUCUGUUCCACCUGUUAUUAGUCAAAUAUCGACUAACCCUCCUGUAUUAAAGUCAUUUGCUACACCUCCUACGAUAAAAAUCAGUGAAGCAAAUUAUCCACCUCUUGCUGCGAUAACGAAAUUAUCUCCUUCAUUAGAACAAAAAAUUCAAGCACAGCCUGUGCAAACCACUAAUGCAAAAUCUACCUCUGUAUCCCAGCUUCAUAAUUUACCUGCUCGCUCCCCUGUCCAAAUUUGCAAACCAGUUGGACAGGACAAUAUGCUAUCACCUAAAGCAUCAAGCAAUAUCAACUUGAGUAGGCUGCCAAUAACAUCGGUGAUGGUAUCCAAGCCUUUGCAAACAACGACUGUACUAUUGCCACAGCCUAAGGUGGCACACUCAAUGGAACCACCGAAAUUAGUUUCAGUUUCCUCAGAAAUGAGAACUCAGCCGCGAAUGGUAUUUCAAACCUCUUCAGUGCCUUUUAGCACUUUUCCACCCAGGCAGCCGGGACAUAUGAUUCUUCAAGGAAAUAUUAGACAUUUACCACCAACAGGGCUGCUUGUUCCUACCAGGCAUUUGGCGCCCGGAUAUGCGUAUAUGGGGAAUGUUCCGCAUGGCACUUACAACAAUGUGCCAGUAUCUAAAGAACUCCACCCUCACUGUUUGGAUAAAAAGCAACAAGAGGAUAUAAAAAUAUCACAGCCUGUUCCAACGUGCUUGACUAAUAGCCCCAUUAAACCCACCAUAAUUAUGUCGGGUAAUACCAGUUCGCUUCCUACCAUUAGCACUACUAAACCUCCAGUCACCUCUGGAACAAUUUCACAUCAAAUAAUCUUGACGUGCUCCAAGCCAAAUCUUUCUCCGGUACCUGUCAGCUCUAGACCUUUACUUACAAUGAGUCAAUCAGUGGGCGCACCAAGUUCGACUAACAAUUAUUUAACUUCUGCUCCUCGUCAAAGUCCAAAGUCUGUAUCAGUUAUUAAUGAACCGCAAGUUUCCAUUGGUGCGCCAGCUACAGAAAUAGAAAGGCCAAACUCCUCCGUAAUGUUGCAAGGUGCGUGUAAAACAGCAGUGUCGGAAUUGUCCGGUGUUAAACCACUUCAAGAAUUAGAUCAGCUGUCAAUACCAACAGUAGAGACUCCAAAAACUUCUAAUGCAAGUCCAGUUAUUGUGUCAAAUCCAUUAUCGUCAGAAAAUAAUUCCGAAUAUAAACCUGCUUCGCCUGUUAAAUUGGCAAUUGAAAAAGUGACAGAGGAGUUAAACAACUCUCUUACCAAAGAGAUAGUAGAAGAAAAGGAGGAAGUUACUGAAGCAAGCAAACCAGAAGACAAUUCAGAUAGUACCACAGAAAAAUCAGAGCAUCUUAUUAAAAAAGAAGAAUCGUCCACUCAAUCGUCAGCAGGGCUACCCGUCAAAGAACUGAAAACUACAGAUAAACAUCCAAAUCCACAAGAUAAGCUGGAAGCUCUCAUCGACUCUAAAGAUAAUAAAGUAACCGAAGCUACAAAUACUAACCUGUUCAAAGAAACUGCUUCUUACGUAGAAAAAGAUAUUUCCAAAGAAGAUUCUUUGGAUAUUAAAGAGGAUAAUGAUUAUUGGUCUGCAAAGGAAGUGAACAUUGAUUCAGUCAUCAAAACUUUAUGUUCAGCGGACGAAAUGUCCGAUCACGGCAGCGAAAGUGGUAAAUACAAAGAACUCGACUCAAAACAUGCCGAGGAUAAACGUGACGAGUCAAUCGAAACAACUGCCAACAGUGCAAACGAGAGUUCAACUGAAACAAAGCCGGGGGAGGGAAAAUCAGUUACUACAGAACACGACGAUGAACCAAGGACACCUUCUACCCGGAGCACUACCCGAGGAAGGGGUCGCGGCGGACGAAGGGGCAAAGGCAAAACUGUCGUGGAAAGAGGUGGGAUUCAAACUCGACAAGGCAAACUGAAAGAGAUGUCGAACGUGUCGACAACACCAACAAAACGUGGUCGCGGUGGUCGCACAAGAAGUGACAGAACGGCUCUUAAAUCAGAAUCUGAUUCAACAGACGUAUAUGAAUUUAAAGAAGAGUCUGAAGAAAGCAACAAGGAACAGAGGCCCAGAUUGGUUUUGACAAUUAAAUCCACUGCCUCCAGUACUAAUAACUCCCAACCAACAGCUAUAGUUAAAGAAAUAACCAAAGAUGGAACAAAAGAAAUUGGAAAAGAAGUUAAAGAAAAUCCAAAAGAAACCUUGUCCACCAAGCAACCUUUGGAACACAAGGAAGAAUUUACAUCUCCGCAAUCAAAUACGAGAAAAUCAAGAAGACUUGCAGAAAAAGAUAUUUCUAAGAAUUCUGUUGACGACAUUAUUGAAGAUGUUGUUAAGAAUGCUCCGCAAACCCGAGCAUCAAACCAGAGAAGAUCCGGUCGGCAAGUUGUUAAUAAAACUCAAACACUAACGCUCCCCCAAGCGGAAACUCCCAGAAAAUCUCCGAGGGGUAGAAAGCCGCGUCGGGCUUCUGAAGCGACAGAAAAUUCAUCAUCUGAAGAAACUGUAAAAGAUGAACGUCCGAAGUCUGUAGAAUUAUCCCCAAUAAGUGCAUCAGCUGCAGAAAAACUAAAAGAACCCAAUGUUGCUAUCUCCCAGCAAGUUGAGCAAGUUAAGGAAAAACCAUUUGAGGGACUAAAAGCUGCUAUGUUAAGGCGCAUUAAAGGUGAAUUGUCAAACUCUGCUAAAAGUGAACCCACUAAUCUUAUAGAUCCUGUUACCGGCCUUUUAAUACCAAUGAGAGAAAGCGAGGAAGGAAAGUAUAUUCCGCUUCCUGGUAGUAGCUCUGGUAAUGAACAAAAGGUUGUGCUUAUGAAACCCUCUACACCUCCAAAUCAACCGGAACCUGUUAAAGAAGAGGUUAAAAUGAGCGAGCCUGUUAAAAGUCAACAAAGUGUGAUCACUGAGCCUCAGUCAGUAACUGUUGUUCAGCAGCAGAUGCCUAAGAUUCAUCCGUUCAAGGCCCGUGUGCUGUCAUCUCAAGUAGCAAAGGCUGUUAUAUCGCAUCAGCCAAUACAAAGCAAACCCAUAACAACCACAGUGUUGUCACAAUCGCAACAGCAGCAACAUGUUAUAUCAAAACCAAUUACUCCCAUAGUACAAAAUAAAUCUAUCCCCGUAAGUCAAAAUGUUCACAUUGUUGCCGCAUCAAUUGCUUCAUCAUCAAGCCCUAUCUCACCAAGGCCCGCCAUGCCAGUUGUCGCUACAAAAUUACAAGUGAAACCUCCUAUACUUUCGCCCAGUCAACAAAUUCUAUUGACUAGUCAGAAGCAGUUUAUCCAAAUCAAUAAACAACCACCAUCUUUGCAAGUUCCAAAAGCUCACAUUAGUGCUGCUCUGUCACAACAAGCGCAAAUUGUAAACGCACAAAUCGCUCAUAUGAAGCAACCGUUGAAGCAGCCCCAAGUUAUAAUUGGAAAAGGAUCUAUCACAAAGGCUCCACAUCCAAUGCACCAGCAGCAAAUUCUAACUGGUCAAGUUGCCAGUCCACCAUUGAGCAAAUCACAGGCACCUGUUGGAACCGCAGCAAGAAUUAUACAAGGGCCAUCGAGUGCUGCAAAUAAGGGCGUUAUGGAGCCACCAAAAAUUGAUGUGAAUUUACCCAAUGUGAUAUUAGGACGACCUAACCUUAGCCCACAAGGGUCUCAAGCUCGACUACCGGGACUGCCUGUUCCUGGUUAUGAAGCCAGUUUGCAUGGAGAUGCUCGAACAUUUUUGAAUAGAAGUCGGAGCCCUCCGCCGGCUCAUCAAAAUUCCCCUUCUCCCAAGGGUGAGCCGAUUUUUCCACCGGGACCGUUGCGACCUCCAGAUCUCAACCCGGCUCACUAUAUGCAUCCGACUCAUGUCGUACAGUACCAUCAAUUUUUGCGGCAGCAGCAGCUACAACAACAACAUUUGCAGAGGUCUGCUGUUCUUGAAAAAACAGGGGAAGAAGGCGAAGAAGCCCCUGUUGGAUUGACUCUCGGUGUUAGGGGAGCAGCUGUGCCUCAUAGUUUACAUUCACCUCAUGACCGUGCCACAGAGUCUCCCCAAAUGGGACAAGUUUACAAUACAUUAUCACAUACUGCACGCUUAACGCCAUACCAUCCGAAUAAUCGCUACUUUGAUCAAGCGGAACCACCUCCAGCACACCGACCUCUUACUAGCCACAGUUCUCUGGCUGCUCUUCCUGGCGACAGAGGAAUUGCCCACAUGGCUCCACUAGGAACACCUGAUAGAUCUUUGAGUAGCCAUUUACAAGAGGAUCGACCCCUAAGUGCCCACUCUAUAUCUUCCACCCAUAUGGGAAAUAUGAGUGCGACGGAGCGUAUGGCAGCGUAUAUCGAACGCCCCCAUGGUGUAAUGGGAGCAGGAUUGGGCGCUGCUGGUAAUUUGAUGGGAGCUGUAGCGAAGCACAUAGGCGCAGAUGCGCCGACUAGUCAAAGAGGCCUUCAGGCUGCGACUCCACCUCAUGCUAGUCAAGUUCCACCACAGGCUGAAAGCUUGUUUAUGUUGUUAAAGCAUUAUCCACUGAUGUGGCAAGGGCUGCUGGCGCUGAAAAAUGAUCAGGCGGCUGUGCAAAUGUAUUCUGUAUCGGGUAACGAUGAUGUGGCAAAAUGCAGUUUGCCUAAAAAUCCAGAUGAAUCUACUCCACCAUUAAGAAUAUUUCAGAGGAUGAGGUUGGAACCUCCACAGGUUGAGGGUGUAGCUAGAAAGAUGCAGAUGGAAAAUGAGCACUGCAUGCUCCUCGCUCUACCCUGCGGUCACGACCACAUGGAUGUACUUAAACAAUCUACAAACUUGACUAACGGAUUUAUCACUUAUUUGCAACAGAAACAGGCAGCUGGUAUUGUAAAUGUUGCUGCACCUGGAACUACACAACCUCCUGCUUAUGUUAUACACAUCUUUCCUUCAUGUGAUUUUGUUAAUGAGAACUUAAGAAGGAUAGCUCCAAGUCUCCUUGAAAGAGUAGCAGACAUUGCCCACUUACUAAUUGUAAUUACAACUGUGUGAUCAGGACACCUAGCUUCCCGUUUUUUUUUUGUUGGACUCUAAAUUUUUCAUCUUUUCUGUAAAACAGACACCUAGUUUGGUCUCCAGCAUCAAAUUUUGUCACCAUGCCUAAGCCAAACCAACUUUUGUCGUUUAUCUCAGAUCUAUUAAAUCACGACUAGACGAUUUGUACACAUUACUUAACUAUUAAAAAAAGUUUCACUGUGAUUUCUUGACAAAACGUUAUUACUAUUAUUAAAAAUAAAUUUUAAAAAGUUUUAAAAAAUAACUUACCUAAUUAAGAGAUCUCAUAUUUGAAUUUAGUUAUACAUAUAUAACGUGUUUUUCUUGUUUAGAAGAUCUUUAUUUUUCAUAAAUAUCUUGUAAAUUACUUAAUAACGUGAGUAUCCACUAAAGGUUCAGCGUGUCAAUUUUGUUAGAAAUAUUAAAGAGUUUGAGAAAAAAUGCCGACAAAUUUGCCACACUCAAUUUUUGGUGGGACCAUGUUAAAAAUGAAUACAAUAUCCUUGCAAUAUUUGUAAAGAUGUUGUAUGAGUUUCCUUUCUCGGUUUAGUAAGUUUCGUACCGUUUUCGUUUAAAAACUUUGAGGUUUGGUUGCACAGAGAUUUAUUUUUAUACAUUGAUACUUGUUGAUUAUUUAUUUAUUACUAAUAAGAGAUAAAUAUGUCGAACAUUUACGUCCAUCAGAUGAACUUGUUCGAAUUAUUUGUUUCACGUUCUUACCGUUCGUACACCAAAGUCAUAGUUUCGAGUUUUUUUUUUUGUUGGAUAUAUAUAUAUAUAUAUAUAUAUAUAUAUAUAUAUAUAUAUAUAUAUAUAUAUAUAUAUAUAUAUAUAUAUAUAUAUAUAUAUAUAUAUAUAUAUAUAUAUAUGCUAUAUGUAUGUAUAUUUUUUUAGUUUAUUUUGUACGAAAGGUUUGAACUUCACACAAUAUUUAAAGCAACUUAACCUCGAAGCCUUUUCUGGGCUGUAAAAUAUUUAAAUUUAAACGUUACCCAACUUGUAGUUUGAAAUUAUGGCUAUUUAUAAAUACAAAAAAAGCAGAUAGACAUAAAUAUAAAUAUGUAGCAUAUAUUAUGAUUAUAAAAAGUUCUUUUUUUAUUACACUGUAAAAUAUAUGUGAAUAUAUAGUUUUAUUUCAAUAAUUUAAGCUUUUUUAAGUUCAGUUUAAGAUGUUCUGUACAGUGUAUUUAGCUGUAAGUACAAUUUAGCCAGCGUUACAAAAUGAUAAUCUAGGGAACAUUGUGAUGUCUAUAUAUUGUGUAAAUUUUGUACAUAUUGCAAAAAAUACUGUGUAUUGUGAGUAUACAUUAUUAUAACUAUUACGAUAAAGAAU